AUGUUCCAGCGCUCCUCGUCCGGGACGAACCUGGCCGACAUUGGCCUCUCCUCCGUAAAACGUGCUUCCGUCGCCGGCUACAACCCAAACAACACAACCUCGCUCAAAUCAUUCCACACCCCAGGCCCGUCCGCCGAUAAUGACCGCCGCAGCAGCGUCUACCGCGCCCGCCCAUCAGCGGCCGCCGGCCCCAUGGGAGGGCAGCAAAGCUUCUUCCAGCAGGCGCCCCAGGUCGCCGGCGUCCCACGCGAUCCGCGCCCGCUCAAGGACAGGUCGUACCAAAACCGGCUAGGGCAGGAGUUGAUCGAGUACCUGGCCAAGCACAACUUCGAGAUGGAGAUGAACCACAAGCUGUCGGACAAUUUCACCAAGUCGCCGACACAAAAGGAUUUCAACUACAUGUUCCAAUGGCUGUACCACCGCAUCGACCCGAGCUACCGAUUUCAGAAGAACAUCGACCAGGAGGUACCACCGCUUCUCAAACAGCUACGAUAUCCCUACGAGAGGAGCAUUACCAAGAGCCAGAUCGCCGCAGUAGGAGGCCAAAACUGGAGCACAUUCCUGGGACUGUUGCAUUGGAUGAUGCAGCUGGCCCAGAUGUUGGAGCGCUACUCGCUCAAUCAGUACGACGAUGCGUGCUUGGAAGCCGGGGUCGAUGUCGCAGGUGAUAACAUCAUCUUCGAUUUCCUGACCAAUGCCUACCAAGACUGGCUGAACAUGGACGACGAGGCUGGGGACGAAGACGUGGAGAAGGCAUUGGCGCCACACGUGCAAGGGAUGGCGCGGGCCUUCGAGCGGUCCAAUGCUAGGUACGUCCAGGAGAUGGAGAUGCUCGAAGGCGAGCAUGCGCGGCUCCUCAAGGAAAUCGAGGACCUCGAGAAGUCUACGCCUGACCCGGCCAUCCUCGACAACCAUUUUAAGAUCAUGGAGGAGGACAAGGCCAAGUUCGAGGAGUACAACACGCUGGCCCAGCAGCGAUCCGAGAAGUACGAGGGCCGCAUCCAGGUCCUGCAGGAGGAGCUCGACAAGCUGCAGGGAGAGUUGAAAGAAGCCGAGGACGAACGGCGCCGGCUAAAGGACGCUGUGGACGACCAGGGGAUCAGCAUGCAGGAUAUCGACCGCAUGACCGCCGAACGGGAGCGCCUGCAGAAGAGCAUAGAGUCGGCCGAGCUGCGGUUGGAGGAUGUCAAACGCAAGGUAGCAGAGCGGGAGAUGGAGGCGAGCCAACGACUGGACGAGCUGGAGCGCAUGGUCGACCGCUACAACACGGUUGCCUACCAGAUCGGCCUGAUCCCCGCCACAGCAGUCAACGCCAAGGGCAGGGACUACGAGCUGCAAGUCACGGUCAACGAAGGCCCCAACUUCACAUCGUCCCAGCUGCAAGGCUCGUACGGCGCCGGCGAGAGCGACCGGCUGCUCGCGGACCCGGUGACGGGCUACCAGCCGGCGCACGUGCUCAACCUGGAUCUCCGGGGGCAGGUUAAGAACAGCUUCCUGGCGCUGCGCAAGGAGGUGUCGGAGCGGCGCAAGGCGGCGCUCGACGCCAUGAUGGAGGACCACGACCUGCUGGACCGCGCCAAAGAGGCCAUCGAGGACAAGCGCAACGAGGUCGAGGCGCUCGAACACCGCGUGCGCGCCGCCGAGGAGGAGUACGAGAAGACCAAGGAGGUGACGACGACGCAGAAGUUGGCGUCGGACACCCAGAUCGAGAAGAUGGAGAAAGAGCUUGCCAAGAUGCGCGCCCAGCUGUCCGAGUCGGUACAGCUCAUGGAGCAGAGGGAGAUGAAUACCAAUAUUGAGUAUGAACAGCUCACGCUGCGGGCCAACGCGCUGCGCGAGGAGCUGCACACCGAGACGAUGCGCAUGCUCAACGACGUCAUCAAAUUCAAGAUGCACGUCCAGAAGAGUCUCGAGGAGUACGAGAGCUUCGUAGCCGACGAGCUGGAGAAGGAGCUCGGCAGCGACGAGAUGAAGGAUGAUACCCAGGCCAUGGACAUGUAA